AUGUCUUUUAUCAAAUUAAUAGGAAUUGACAAUUAAGAGAUCGAAUUUGAAGAAAAUAAAAAUAGUGUCAAGGAAAUUAAAUUAUAGUGUAUUGCGAAACAAGAAAGAAGAAUUACAAUUAAAGUGAAAACCACUGAUCCUGACGUAUUUUAAGUUGUAGGCAAACCCAUAGUAUUUACCGAGCUUAAUUAAAAAGGAGUCCUAUUAAUCAAGGCGAAUAGCGCUAAGAAAAGAGACAAUGACAAAGAUAAAAUCUGUAUCGUGGCCUAGGAGUAUGAGGACAGUUUACGAUAAUCAGCAUAGGGUCCAUCUGAACUUAAGCCACCAAAUAUUUAAGAAAUUAUAUUAACUGUGAGAGUGUUGAAUAACAAGACAACUCAAUAAGCAAAUGACUAAAAGUUCUUGGAGUCUAAAAGUUUACUAGAUAGGCAAAUGGAUCAAAUUGUAGAAUCAAAAUUUAUAAAUCCUAUCUCAAAGUUUGGGGAUACAUAGAAAUUUCAAUCCGCUUAUGCCCAAUUCGAUAAUGUAAUUGAAAGACAGAAAACAGAAUUUUUGAGUAUGUAUCAAUAAAAGAGUUAAAUCAAUAAUUCAAAUAUUAUGAUUGAAGCACAGCCCUAAUAUAAAUAGGAAUAUGAGCAAUAUUUGAUUUUGACUGACGAAUAGGAGAAGGAAUUAUUCAAGUUAAGCGAGCUGAAAAACAAACUUUAAAGAUAAAAAUUAAAAUAGUAACAAAUUGUGGAAACACCAAAACCUAAGGCCCUAAAUACUUUGCACAUUGGUUAUGCUAUAAUUGUUGUUAUUUUGAGCUUCAUGAUUGGAAUGCUUGCGAAAACUUGA